UCCCAUCCCUGUCUGCAGCGCCAGACAGCAUUGCACCAGCUGCUCUGUAGGCUGAAUGGAGGCUCAGGCAGACUCCGGUGCUGCAGAGCCCAACAGACAAAAAGACUUUCAGAAACUUCUCAAGUCAUCCAGCUCUGCAAGUCUCACUACGGAGGCAUCUCACAAUGCUGCAGGAGAGCAAAUCGGGACCCCCGGGCACCACUGCAGCCAGGUCCUGACCGCAGAGAGACGGCAGCCCUUGAGCAGCGUGUCCUCUUUAGAGGUACAUUUUGAUCUGCUGGACCUGACAGAGCUGACUGAUAUGUCUGAUCAAGAGCUGGGAGAAGUGUUUGCUGAUUCAGAUGAAGAGAAUCAUAAUGAAUUGCCAGCAAAUCAUCAGCCGCCGUUGCCUCGUUUCCCCCAUGGCGGUUAUGUCCGAUCGCCCUCCUGGACCCGAGGUUGCAAAGGGGAGCAGCAACCUAGAGACAGAAAGCAUCACAGCGACUCAGAGAACACUGAGCCUUUGCUAAAGAUCGAGCGUUCCCAAUCGCAGCAGCCCUGAGCCACGGCCAACUACGUGAGCUCAGAAAGGACACUCCGUCCUUGUCUGGGGGAUGAAGAUUCCUUCCCAAGGAAGUGAUGAGGGAUCUCUGAAAGGACACAGAGACCCCUACUGAAGAUACAGCAAUCUUUCUGCCUAAAUGAGGCAAAUUGAGCCAAUAGAUAAUGUCGAACGGUAAUAGAAGAGUGGGCUCUUCAGGAAAUGCAAAAUUUCUCCUUUAACCAGCAAUUAAUGGGAAGUGUGUCAACGAUACAGUUAACCAGUUUUCAGCAUAUCUAUGUGAUGAACUGGCAGCAUGACAUCAUGAAGCUUUCAAAAACUUUCAGUGUCUAAAAGGAUCAUUUUAAUGAAGAACUGAGCUAAGGAGCUGUCAAAGUCUUAUUUUAAUGAGCAAGGCAUUUCAUCAACAAGUUUGUUCAAGUGGGCUGAAAAAAAACCUCACCUGCAUUAUCAUACACAGACUAGCUCCUGAAUUAUUUAAAAAAGGGAACUUGUAUAAAAUUUGAAAGAGCAACCAGGCAUUAUGCCUAAAUGUGAAAGCAAUUCUAUUUUUCAUCCAAAAACAAAUUCCCACUUAUAUUUCUCUAAGUGUUUUGAAUCCUAAUUUAAAAUUCAAAGAUUAAAUGAACAUGUCAUUCAACUGUGUGAAACUUUUUUCACUUGAGAAAUUAUAAAAACAGUAUAACAGUUACAGGUUAUUACAGGGUUAAAUGUUACGCAUGUUUAAAACAGGGUACGACGAUGAGACGACAGAGAAAACAAGUCAAACCAACCUAAAUGAAUAAAAUGUCAAAAUAAAAUAACAAUGGUGCAUGUUGUUACUUAAUAAGCGAGUUUAAAUGUCAGAGGAUCAUAUGCAGCUGUUUUUAAUACUUGUAUACAAAUGGGUGACAAAUUAAAGGAAAAGAUUACAACAGUGGGUGUAAAGAAGGAAUACAGCAUGAACAAGACUCCAGUGCACACUCAUAUU